UACUUUUUGGUGGCGGAGAUUGAAUUCUUUACGACUCUGACAUCUUCCAAUUACUUAGUUCAAAGUGGUAAUAUCUGUUUGGUCAUUUGUGAUAACCAGCAUAUCUGGGACAUACAUUUGUUAGUUUAAAGUGAUAAUAUUCGUUGGGUGACAACCCAAUAUACCUAGGAACGUACAUGUGUUAACCUUGGAUUUCUUGCUUUACAUUCGUAUAUAUUACACUAUUAACUGAGUGCCUCUGUCUUCCCUGAUCUCUCUCUUAUUUCUCCCAAGAAGACUCACCAUACUUUAAACUUGUUUCAGUCAUCUGCUUGCUUUUUUCAGGUUUGAUAUGGCACCAUCAUGAUACUAUAUAGACUUUUCUCUUUUUUUUUUUUGGGUGAUAAUUCUUGAACUGUGGUGUUUUCUUUCUACUUACGUUUUAUGCUUUUGGUCUGAAGUUAUAGGUUCUUAUUUCCUUACCACCUUUAUAGUUUUUAGAGUUGCACGUAUUGUGAAUCUUGGUUUAUCUCUGUGCCAUGUUCUAUCUGAUCAUGUAUCUUAUCAGCUUAUUACACAUGUAGAUUUGUAAUUUGUUCUGUCUAGGUAAAAAAGUAAGAGGUUUAUAUGUGAUGUCUUCUCAGCAAGAUGCUAUUAUACGAAAUUGUUUCCCGACAGAUGAUCUUCACUAUUUAAACAAUAAGUUUUAAGUUUUGCUUUUUAAUAUUUGCAGGAUCUUACAUGACUAUGACUGUUGAAUUCCUUACCCCUUUGCCUUAUUCUGUACUGUUGGUUUUGUUGAUCUUAUAGCUUUGUAUUGUAUUACAGGCUGGUUUUUUUCAGAGGAAUCUUUCCAAUUUAAUUUAGUUCAGCGGUUGGAUUAAAAAAUCAGGCAAAAUGGUAAGCAAAUGUUUGAUGAGCUUCGAAGAAUUAUGGAUUUCAAGCAUAACAUUCGUAAUAUGUCUGUUAUUGCUCAUGUUGACCAUGGGAAGUCUACUCUUACGGACUCUCUUGUUGCUGCUGCUGGGAUCAUUGCUCAGGAAGCUGCUGGUGAUGUUAGAAUGACAGAUACUCGUGCUGAUGAAGCUGAGCGUGGCAUUACUAUUAAGUCUACUGGUAUCUCUCUAUACUAUGCGAUGUCAGAUGAAGCCUUGAAAACCUAUAAGAGAGAGAGGGAAGGCAAUGAGUAUCUCAUUAACCUUAUAGAUUCUCCCGGACAUGUUGACUUCUCAUCUGAAGUCACAGCUGCUCUUCGUAUCACGGAUGGUGCCCUUGUGGUUGUUGAUUGCGUGGAAGGGGUGUGCGUCCAGACAGAAACUGUACUUCGACAAGCACUUGGAGAAAGAAUUCGUCCUGUUCUAACUGUCAACAAGAUGGACAGGUGUUUCCUUGAGCUCCAGGUUGAUGGAGAGGAGGUUUAUCAGACAUUCCAAAGAGUUAUUGAGAAUGCAAAUGUUAUAAUGGCCACAUAUGAGGAUACUCUCCUUGGAGAUGUUCAGGUUUAUCCAGAUAAAGGUACUGUUGCUUUUUCUGCUGGAUUGCAUGGAUGGGCUUUCACUCUGACUAAUUUUGCUAAUAUGUAUGCUUCCAAAUUUGGUGUUGACGUGGAUAAAAUGAUGGAAAGGCUUUGGGGAGAGAAUUUCUUUGACCCUGCUACCAAGAAAUGGACCAACAAGAAUACAGGACGAUCACCAACGUGCAAGCGUGGUUUUGUUCAAUUCUGUUAUGAACCUAUUAAGCAAAUCAUAAACACUUGUAUGAAUGAUCAGAAAGACAAACUAUGGCCGAUGUUGCAGAAGCUUGGUGUUACCAUGAAAGGUGAAGAGAAGGAUAUGAUGGGGAAGGCAUUGAUGAAGCGUGUGAUGCAGACGUGGCUUCCUGCAAGUAAUGCUCUUCUGGAAAUGAUGAUCUUUCAUUUACCUUCACCUUCUAAGGCACAAAGAUACCGUGUUGAGAAUUUGUAUGAGGGACCACUGGAUGAUCAGUACGCUAACGCAAUUAGGAACUGUGAUCCUAGUGGUCCUCUUAUGCUCUAUGUGUCCAAGAUGAUUCCAGCAUCUGACAAGGGAAGGUUUUUCGCCUUUGGUCGCGUUUUCUCUGGCAGGGUCUCAACUGGUUUGAAGGUCAGAAUCAUGGGUCCAAAUUAUAUUCCUGGACAGAAAAAGGACCUGUAUGUUAAGAAUGUUCAAAGAACUGUUAUCUGGAUGGGCAAGAAGCAAGAGACUGUGGAGGAUGUUCCUUGUGGAAACACAGUGGCUAUGGUUGGACUGGAUCAAUUUAUUACAAAGAAUGCAACUUUAACCAAUGAAAAAGAAGUCGAUGCACAUCCUAUCAGGGCAAUGAAGUUCUCUGUCUCACCGGUUGUGCGUGUUGCUGUACAAUGCAAAGUUGCAUCUGACCUUCCUAAACUUGUUGAGGGUCUCAAACGUCUUGCAAAGUCCGAUCCUAUGGUAGUCUGUACGAUUGAGGAGUCCGGGGAGCAUAUUAUAGCUGGAGCGGGUGAGCUUCAUCUUGAGAUCUGUUUGAAGGACUUGCAGGAGGACUUCAUGGGUGGUGCAGAGAUUGUGAAAUCUGAUCCAGUUGUGUCAUUCCGUGAGACAGUCCUUGACAAGUCCUGUCGCACAGUGAUGAGCAAGUCCCCGAACAAGCAUAACCGUCUCUACAUGGAAGCCAGGCCCUUAGAAGACGGACUUGCUGAGGCAAUUGAUGAGGGACGGAUUGGGCCAAGAGAUGACCCAAAGAGUCGUUCCAAAAUCCUCUCUGAAGAAUUUGGUUGGGACAAAGAUCUUGCCAAGAAAGUUUGGUGCUUUGGCCCCGAAACCACUGGCCCAAAUAUGGUGGUCGAUAUGUGCAAGGGAGUCCAAUAUCUGAAUGAAAUCAAGGAUUCUGUUAUUGCUGGUUUCCAAUGGGCUUCAAAGGAAGGUGCAAUGGCUGAAGAAAACAUGAGAGCUAUAUGCUUUGAAGUUUGCGAUGUUGUUCUCCAUGCUGAUGCUAUUCACAGAGGUGGUGACCAGAUUAUUCCUACUGCUAGAAGAGUUAUUUAUGCUGCCCAACUUACAGCCAAGCCACGUCUUCUUGAGCCUGUAUACUCGGUGGAAAUUCAGGCUCCAGAGCAAGCACUUGGUGGUAUUUAUAGUGUUCUUAACCAGAGACGUGGACAUGUAUUCGAGGAAAUGCAGAGGCCUGGCACCCCUCUUUACAACAUUAAGGCAUACCUUCCAGUUGUCGAAUCAUUCGGGUUCUCAAGCAAUUUAAGACAAGCAACUUCUGGCCAAGCUUUCCCACAAUGUGUGUUCGAUCAUUGGGACAUGAUGUCAUCUGAUCCACUGGAAGUUGGGUCACAGGCUCACCAGCUCGUACUGGAUAUUCGUAAGAGAAAAGGUAUAAAGGAGCAGAUGACACCACUUUCCGAAUACGAAGACAAGUUAUAAAUUGAUGACCAAGAUUCCAACUUGUGAGCGCGAUAUGAUUUGUGUAUCUGCAUAUCGAAUUUACGAGCGCUAUACAUUUGCAUAUCGAAUUUACGAGCGCUAUACAUCUGCAUAUCGAAUUUAUGUAAUAACAUAAACAUAUAUAUACAUAUCUAGAAGUGUUGAACAUGUCAUAUGAAAUAAAGUUACGGAUGUGAAAUGAGAAUGAAAAUAACGAAAGGUUAACACA